GCGAAGUAGAGUGCAGGGCCGACGGCAAGGGGAAGUGGCAGUUGGCCAGGGAGAUCUCGAUUCGUCUGCCAUGGCAGAGCGCUUGCACAGCAUGAGCAGCAAGAACGCUGUCUUCGCCUCGCUGGGGUUCGCAGCAGCAGCAGCAGCUCUUUCAAUCAUAGGAUCCAUUGCGUUCCUUUCCCCACCUCAGAGAAUCUCAACCUUGAGUGUGCAUGACCCCCUCGGCGUCUCGAUCGCGCCACUUGGAGUGCAACGUGGGCGGGCAGCAGCAGCGCAUUUCCCAGCUUCAGUGGUGAGACAGAUGGAUUUGAGUGCAGAUCCUUGCGAAGAUUUUUAUCAGUAUGCUUGUGGUGGUUUUGAGGAACAUGUUCAAAUACCUGAGGACCUCGGGGGGUUUGCACGCUCCUGGGAUGGAGGCUCUGCCAAGAUCUACGACGAGAUGCGGAAGGUUCUCGAGAAAGACCAAGGGAAAGCAGGUGACUGGUACAGGUCUUGCAUGAUGGUGGACUAUGUCAACGAGCAAGGAGCCAAACCGUUGCAGCCCUACCUCGAACAGAUUGCGAAUAUCGAGACCUAUCAAGACCUGUGGGAAGUCAUGUCUCAGUUUCAGUUUUGGGAUGUCCCGGCGUUUUUUGAUUGGUGGGUGGGAGCUGACAACCUGGAGCCACAGCUGAUGAACUUCUACCUCGGCACCGGAGGCCUUAUUCUUCCAGACUACACCUUCUACACUGAAAAUAACGACGAGAUGAAGUCUCAUCGUGCUGCCUACCGGGAAUUCAUUGUCACCCAGCUGACUCUGGCUGGUUUGUCGAAGGAACAAGCAAACACAGAUGCUGACAUUUGCUUCGAAAUCGAAACGGAGUUGGCGAUCUAUCAGCGUUUGGAGCCAUACGUGUCUUUGAAGAAAUCCUUCAAGCAUAUCUCUCAACAGGAACUCGUCGAAUCUUAUCCCAACGUAAACUUCACGAUGCUGUUUGACCGUAUGGGGAUUUCGCAAGUGGGAACCGAGAGGAACAAUAUUGUUGUGAAAGCCCCGGAAUUCUUCCAAAGGCUGAAUGACUUCUUCGGCAAGCGGAGUGCAAAGAGUCUCAUCCCGUAUCUGCGCUGGCAUUUGGUUUACAACCUCUCGCCUCUGCUCUCGCAUGAGUUCCUCGAAGCCACUUUGAAAGUCGACGCCAACCUGAUGGGCAUCUCAAAGCAGCCUGAGCGAUGGCACAAAUGUGUAGCAGCGGCCAAGAGCGCCUUGCCGAUGAUCGUUGACCAACUCUUCAUCGAGAACUAUUUCUCGGAAGAGGACAGGAAGAUUGCUCUCACGAUGCUGGAUUACAUUCGCGAUGCCUUCAAGCAGGACCUCGAACAGGUUUCUUGGAUGUCUGAGCAGGCUCGUGAAGCUGCGUUGGAGAAGCUGGCCAACAUCUUCUUUGAGUGCGGGCACCCUCUCAAGUGGGAUGAGUGCGACUGGGAAGUGAGCCCCACCUCCUACUUCAACAAUUCCUUGGUCUCCUGCGAGCACAGGAAGAUGAAGAAGCUUGCGCGCCUGUUCUCUGCCCCACAGAGAAGGAGGUGGAGCAUGAGCGUGAUGUCAGUCAACAGCUACUACGACAACGCUGUCAACGGUCUUUUUAUCACAGCCGGGAUGCUGCAGAAGCCUUUCUUUGACGCUGAGUACGACAUGUCAAGAAACUUCGGGGGGGUAGGAGCGAUCAUGGGCCACGAGCUGACGCAUGGGUUCGACAACACUGGACGCAAGUACGAUCAGGAGAGCAGAUUAAGAGACUGGUGGGACAGGAAGACUGUAGAUGAGUUCGAAGCUCGUGGGCAGUGCAUCGCAAAGCUUUACUCCAAGUUUGAGAUGCUGGGAAUGCAUGUCAAGGGAAACCUUACUCUUGGAGAGAACAUCGCAGAUUUCGGGGGCCUCAAGGCAGCUUAUCACGCAUGGCUGAACUGGUUCAAAGACGACUUCUGCCGAGGGAUCGACAAGGAGGACAUGCCGCUCACGUUUCAGCUGUGCGAGGAGCAGGCGAAGCCAGCCAUCUGGCAGAAGCAUCUCUUCUGGGUGUCGUAUGGGCAGAACUGGUGCGACAAGGAGCGGGACCCGUCGAUGAAAAUGGCCUUGCAGACCGACGAGCACUCGCCGGACAAGUUUCGAGUCAACGGACCGCUAACGCAGAACGAAGACUUCGCCAGGGACUGGAAGUGCCCGAUCAACUCCAGGAUGAACCCCAAGGACAAGUGUGUGUUGUGGUAGGUGCAGCUAGUCUGAGUGAAUGCAUCAGUACAUAUCUAUCUACGCCUCCA